AUGAUGUUGAGCCUAAUUGGAGAUGGAUAUAAUAGUCCUGAUAUUUCAUUAACAAAUGAAUUUGAAUGGCAUGAUAAACAAUCAGUACUAUUUAUAAUAUCAGUUUCAUUUGAACUUAAGUUUUGA